GCAGAUUAUAUUUUAAUGGAUAAUUCAAACACAAACAUAUUAAAAAUUUUGCAGUGGAAUGCUAAAUCAGCCGUAUCGAAUAAACAUAGUUUGGUAAAGUGUCUAUGUGAAUAUGAUGUAGAUAUAGCGCUCAUUUCAGAAACAUGGUUUAAGCCUGGCAGUCUGAUUUCAUUCAAGGGGUACAAUGUUGUUAGGAAUGAUAGGUUUGAUGGUUAUGCCGGAGUAGCAAUUCUAAUAAAGAAUGGCUACAUGUAUAAUGAAUUAGUAUUACAAAAUAACUUUUCUUCUGACAUUCAGAUGUGCGGUAUCGAACUUAUUAUCAGUAAUGAUCGACUAUCAUUUUUCUCCUUAUACUGUCCGCCAAAUAGCACGACUAUCGCUAGUGACUGGGAAAACAUUUUCAGUCAACUCAAUAAUACAGGAAUCAUAGGUGGCGAUUUCAACGCUCACCAUAAUAUCUGGGGUUCAUAUAAAACCAACCAGAAAGGUCAUCAAAUAGCCGACAUCCUUUCUGACAUAGAUAUAAUUUUACUGAAUACUGGUCAGCCAACUAGAUUCUCUCAAAACAACAACUCUGCUAUCGAUCUAACUUUCUCUUCGCCAAAUUUGGCAAUCCAAUGUACAUGGUAUACGCUAGGAGAUACCACGGGCUCAGAUCAUUUCCCGAUUAUCAUCGAAAUUGAAAGAAAAAUAUCUCGUCCAGACACUGAUUUUUACGGUCCGAAAUUAAAGUGGAACCUAAAAAAGGCAAACUGGAAUUUAUAUAAUCACACAGCCUACAUCUUUUUCAACAAUAACCAAACACAGAUACAUAACACAGAAUCAAAAUAUCACCAUCUCAUUGAAGGAAUCAAUGCUGCAGCGGAUAAAUCAAUCGCAAAAUACAAGAUUUCAAAAUGCAACAAGAAAAACAUAUUGCCUCCCUGGUGGGAUAAUGAGUGUGAAAAUGUGGUCAACUCUAGGAGGGAUCAACUACGUGCAUAUAAAAACCAAAGCACAAUGGAAAAUUAUUUAAGAUGUAAACAAGAAAUGGCCAAAGCCAAAAAGACCUUGAAAGAAAAGGCUAGAAGUAAUUGGCGUAAAUGGCGAAGAUAUCAACGAAUGGAAGAAAGUCAUCCUUAUCCCGUGUCUAAAACCAGGAAAAGACCCCAAUAAUAUCGAGUCAUACCGUUUUAUCUCUCUUCUCUCGUGUCUAUUGAAGCUUUUCGAAAGGGUGAUAAAAUAUAGAAUAGAAUGGUGGCUCAAUCAUCUCAACA